AUGUCACCAGUCUUCCCCAUGUUAACAGUUCUGACCAUGUUUUAUUAUCUAUGCCUGCGGCGCCGAGCCAGGACAGCUGCGAGGGGAGAAAUGAUGAACAGCCAUAGAGCCAUGGAAUCAAAUAGCCGGACUUCCCCUCUGAAUGCAGAGGUGGUCCAGUAUGCCAAAGAAGUGGUGGAUUUCAGUUCCCAUUAUGGAAGUGAGAAUAGUAUGUCCUAUACCAUGAGGAACUUGGCAGGUGUCCCAAAUGUGUUCCCGAAUUCUGGUGACUUCACUCAGACAGCUGUGUUUCGAACUUACGGAACAUGGUGGGAUCAGUGUCCCAGUGCUUCCUUGCCAUUCAAGAGGACACCGCCUCAUUUUCAGAGCCAAGACUACGUGGAACUUGCUUUUGAACAGCAGGUGUAUCCUACAGCUGUUCAUGUUCUGGAAACCUACCAUCCUGGAGCGGUCAUUAGAAUCCUAGCUUGCUCUGCGAAUCCCUACUCCCCAAGCCCAUCGGCUGAAGUAAGAUGGGAGAUUCUUUGGUCAGAGAGACCUACGAAGGUGAAUGCUUCCCAGGCUCGCCAGUUUAAACCUUGUAUUAAGCAGAUAAAUUUUCCCACAAAUCUUAUACGGCUGGAAGUAAAUAGUUCUCUUCUGGAUUAUUACACUGAAUUAGAUGCAGUUGUAUUGCAUGGUAUGAAGGACAAGCCAGUACUUUCUCUCAAGACUUCACUUAUUGACAUGAAUGAUCUAGAAGAUGAUGACUAUGAAGAAAACAAUGAUUGUGGAAUGGACAGUCUUAACAAAAAACUUAGCAGCACCACCCUUGGGGAAGAGCCAAAUAAUGGAUACUUUGACAAACUACCUUAUGAGCUCAUUCAACUGAUUCUGAAUCAUCUUACACUACCAGACCUGUGCAGAUUAGCACAGACUUGCAAACUGCUGAACCAGCAUUGCUAUGAUCCUCUCCAGUACAUCUAUCUCAAUCUGCAGCCUUACUGGGCAAAACUCAACGACACCUCACUGGAGUUUCUGCAGGCUCGCUGCACUCUCGUCCAGUGGCUUAACUUAUCUUGGACUGGCAAUAGGGGCUUCAUCUCUGUUGCAGGAUUCAGCAGGUUUCUGAAAGUUUGUGGGUCCGAAUUGGUGCGUCUUGAAUUAUCUUGCAGCCACUUCCUAAAUGAAACUUGUUUGGAGAUUAUUUCUGAGAUGUGUCCACAUCUACAAGAGUUAAAUCUCUCUUCCUGCGAUAAGCUACCACCUCCAGCUUUCAACCAUAUUGCCAAAUUAUGUGGCCUUAAACGACUCGUUCUCUAUCGAACAAAAAUAGAGCAAACAGCACUGCUCAGCAUUUUGAACUUCUGCUCAGAGCUUCAGCACCUCAGUUUGGGUAGUUGUGUAAUGAUUGAAGACUAUGAUGUGAUCGCCAGCAUGAUAGGGGCCAAGUGUAAAAAACUGCGCACCCUGGAUCUGUGGCGCUGCAAGAACAUUACUGAGAACGGGAUAGCGGAGCUGGCAUCUGGGUGUCCGCUCCUGGAGGAACUUGACCUCGGUUGGUGUCCUACUCUGCAGAGCAGCACUGGGUGCUUUGCCAAACUGGCACGACAGCUCCCAAACUUGCAAAAACUCUUUCUUACGGCCAACAGGUCUGUGUGUGACACAGACAUUGAGGAACUGGCAUGUAAUUGUACCAGACUACGGCAACUGGACAUACUAGGAACAAGAAUGGUAAGUCCAGUAUCCUUAAGAAAACUCCUGGAAUCAUGCAAAGAUCUUUCCCUACUUGAUGUGUCCUUCUGCUCUCAGAUUGACAAUAGAGCUGUACUCGAGUUCAAUGGGAGCUUUCCAAAUGUGUUCAUAAAAAAGAGCUUUACUCAGUGA